CAAUGAAAUGGGGAUGAACGGAGGAGAAUCGUAUGUUCUGUUGAAAGAUGCAGUAGAAUACGUAAAUAAGGCUGUGAAGGUGAAUCUUUGCGGUGCAGUUGUCGAGUUUGGGUUCCCAAACAAGAGUAAAGGAUCUGCUGGUGUAAUCCGAUGUCUUCCUGCAAUCUGCUUUCGGCUUGGCAUGGGGUCAAGAUAGGUAAAUCCAGGAUGCGCAUUUGGAGGUUGGCUAUUCUCGCCAUUUGGUGGUCAGUCUGGGAGGAAAGAAAUGAUAGAUGUUUCAACGGCAGAUCUGCUUCGGUUCAAGCUGUCUGGUCCAGAGCAAAAUAUCUGUUACUUGAAUGGGAGCAUGGACUUUCUGUGAAUAUUUUCACCGAAGACAUGACAAUGCUGCCACGAGUCAGGUCCUUGGGAGAUAUAAUUGCCUUGCAUAAUGUUCUGAUGAAAGAUCACAAAGGGAAUGCACAAGCUCUUUUCAACAAGAAGUGUUCUUCUUUUGCUCUAUUUGAAGGGAAAUCUUGUAUGGGCUUUAUUCCAUAUCAGAUUUAUUCAAAUUUUCACAUUACUGAUCAGGAUGAGGUUUUAGUAACGCAAAUAAGAACGUGGUUGGCUCAUUAUAAAUUUGAUGCAGGUAUGAAUGAAUACUCACUGCAACUGAGAGAUAUUAAGGUGGGAAAGUAUUUUGAUCUAGUGUGCAAGAUUCUUCAUAUGUCCGUUGUUGUGGAUGAUGUGUCGAUUCUCUAUGUGUGGGAUGGAACUGAUGCUCCUCCAACAGAGAUUCAAAUGAACCUCGAUGAUGAAGCCAGGAUUCCCCUGCCUUUACAGUCAGAACAAUCACCUCUCUCAAGGGAUGUUUUAUGCACGUUUCCAUGUGUCGGAACAGUCUUGAGGUUCACUGUUGGCAAGUUCUUUGAAGAUAUUGGCCUGCAGUUGCAAGGCAGAGGCCAAUGGGUGAAAUUUCGUAACAUAACAUGUCAAUUGCAAUCAGGUCUGUGGAAAGGUGUGUUACUACCUACUAGCAAAAUCCGCCUUUUGUCCGACAAGGACAGUGCUGUAAAACAUUGUGAAAGAGGUUAUGUGGAACGUUUAUCAACUGGUGUCGAUCACUUGCCUCGUCCAUCGAGCAUCACAGAAAUGGGAUAUGGACAUGUGGGAUUCUCAUCAUUGAUGGAAGUUCUCACUUUUACGAAGGUAACACAGAAAUUUAAGUGCGUCGUGCGUUUUGUGGCCAUAUAUCCCUGGCAGCCUGAGGACUUCCGUUCUCCUGAGACAGGUCUCUAUAGGAUCAGAUUCACGCUCGAGGACCCUACUGCCAGAAUACAUGCGUAUUUAUAUGGGGAAGAUGGGGAAGAGUUUUUCGGGGGUUGUCCAACAAUUGAAAUAUUGACAAAAAAAAUGAAUAAAUUGCUUGGGAUACCGGAAUCUGAUGAUGCGGCAGGUGUUAAUGCAUGCAGAAACCCGCCUUGGGUGCAAUUAUGCAUAAAAUCAUAUUACCUGGAUAAAAAUGAUCCUUGGACAACAAGGCGGUAUCGGAUCUUUGGUGCUAGGCUAGUUUGACUUGCCUUCUGACGUCGCUACUUGAAUCAUGGGUUAGGUUGCCCUGACUGAGUACCUUUUUGCAGUAGUGCCUGUUAAUUUGGUUAGUUAUGCGGUUGUUGUAAAUUUGCCAUAACAACUAACUGUUAUGCCUUUUUUGAUGACUUUCGGCAUGUACAAGUGAUGUACAUAUUUGUAUAUAAAGUGUGGUAUAGACUAAAACUCAUUCUGGGUAAAUUAUAUAACAAUUGGCCAAUAGUUGUGAAUUUUCA